CAAAUUUAACAUCAUUUCAAACAGCAUCAUCAUAUGAAAUAUUAUUCUAUUUAAUAAAUAAUAAUGAUGAAAAUUAUAGUUUAAAUAAAACAAAAUAUGAAGAAAUAAUUUCAUCAACAAUAGUACCUUAUUUAAUAAAUACAUAUUCAAAUUAUAUUAAUAUUGAUAUAUCAACUGAAAUAAUUUUUACUACACGUGGAAUUUUACCUACUGAAACAAUACAUAAUUUAGAAAAAAAACAAAUACCAUUUUUUAUUAAUAAACUUGAAUAUUUAUUACAUCAUUCAACAAAACAUUAUAAAGAAAAAAUUUUUUUUAUUUUAUUUAUACCUGAUGAAAAACAAACACCAAUAACAGUUGAUAAAAACGAACAAAAUUCAAUUAUUGUACCUAAAUGGGGUAGUGUGAUAUUUUAUAAUAAAUAUAAUUCUAAUAAUGAAUUAAAUGAUUUAAAUUUAAUAAUGAAACAAUUUCUUAAUCAUUUUAAUCAUUUAUUAGGUAUUGAAACAUUUGAAAAAUGGAUUUAUUUACGUACUAUUGAAAAUUAUAAUAAUGGUCGACAAACAUUAUUAACUUUAUCACAAUUACUUCUUUCAAUUCCUAAUAUUGUUAUUGAUGAUAGUAUGGCAAAAAAAAUUCAUAAUUCACUUGAUUUAUUAGAAAAAUGUCAAGAUAAUAAUCAACAUAAUGAUUGUCAACAAGGACGUUUACUUGCUGAUCAAGUUUUUUUUGAUCCAUCAUUACUUAAAUUACUUUACUUUCCAGAUGAUCAAAAAUUUGCUAUAUAUGUUCCAUUAUAUUUACCUAUGGGCGCACCAUUAGCUUGGACAUUAAUAAACGAUAUUAAAUUUUUGAUAAAUAUUAUUAAAAAAAAUCGUUAA